AUGCCCCAGUCGCUGGGGCUAACAGGGUCUGCGUCGUAACGAAGGCCUCGACGCCUUGUGAGGCCCCAUCGCACUUCGUCCCAACGUUCAAUGGACCUCACCGUUGCUGCCUUUCGUAACUUCGUCACAAUUUGGCCCUUCGCCCCUUCUCGAAGGUCUGGGUGGGGCAUGGGCAUUUUCAGAGUGGCUAUGAGUAUAAGUCCGUCGUCCAUCAAAUCUUCUAUAAAUCUUUCUGUGGUCAUCGUCAUUUCCUCCAGGUAAACAGUUCGAACCGUUUCUACAAAUCCUCACUAUUCUAUAACUACCACAACACCACACAUCCAAGACCUCAAUUUUAUGCAGCAAGCAAAAAUGGCCGCUUUCUCGAAGUCAGCUUCGAUCGAAGUCGAUGUUGCACCCACACAUCGACAUUAUCUUGGUCUCCAGCAUUUUCAUCGCGAUGAGAGCCCCAUGUCCGUUUGCUCUAUGCCUGCUGCAUCUGUGCUUGACACGGCGUGGUUCUCUAGAAGGGCUUCGGAUGGCCCCUCCGCAUAUACUGUCGUCGGCAGCUCCAGCUCUCCCGUUGUUGCUGAUCGCCAUAUGGAUCAUCAUCAAAGUGCCGCUCCCAGCGAUGGCAACACCGUCUGGUACUGCAGCAGCUGCAAUAAUGGACCGAUGGGAACUUGGUACACAGCUUGCACUAGCUGCGGUCAUCACUACUGUGCCUACUGCACUGUAGAGGAAGUACCUUAGCGCUCGCAUCUCCCACGUCUGGGACGGUCCAGCUUUGACAGCUGAAUCCCGAAGACCCCACACGUAGUCCUCUGGGCUCCAUCAACAACGAUCUAGUCUUGAGGCUGGCCAAUACUGCUUUUCGU